AUGGCGGUCUUAUUCCUCCUCCUUCUGUUCCUAUGUGGAGCCCCCUGGUCUGCUGCAGACAAUAUCCAGACCAUCUUUGUAGCCUCAGGGGAGGUGCUGGAGCUGCCAUGUCCCUUACCGCCCACCCUGAGUGGAGACGAACUCCUAUCCUGGUUCCACAGCCCAGCAGCAGGUUCCUCCACUGCCCUGGUGGCCCAAGUCCAAGUGGUCAGGCCAGCCCCAGAGCUUGGGAAGCCCACCAGGGCAUCCAGGCUCAAACUACUGGGAAACUUCUCACUGUGGCUGGAAGGGUCCAAGGAGGGAGACGCUGGUCGGUACUGGUGUGCUGUGCUGGGUCAGCACCACAGGUACCAGAACUGGAGGAUGUAUGAUGUCUCCGUGCUCAGAGGAUCCCAGCUAUCUUCGAGGGCUGCCGACGGAUCCCGCUGCUCUGUCCUCGUGUGCUCUGUGGCCCCUGCCAGACGCCUAGACUCUGUGACCUGGCUAGAGGGAAAGGGUCCUGUGAGAGGCCGUGUACAGUCAUUUUGGGGCAAUGGGGCUGCCCUGCUCUUGGUGUGUCCUGGGGAGGGACUCUCUGAGUCGGAGGAACAUAGAUCAAGAAUCAUCCGCUGCCUCAUGCCUCACAACAAAGGGGUCAGCUUUAGCCUGACAGCCUCCACGGAUGCCUCCCCUGCCCUUUGUGCCCCUUCCACGGGCUGGGACGUGUCCUGGAUUGUGAUGCUCUUGCUCACAGUGGGUCAGGGGUUCACCAUCCUGGCCGUCAGCAUCGUGCUCUGCAGACAGAGGGCCCAGGGGACUCAGUGCAGAGGUGCCUCAGUUCCUCAGUUCAAACCUGAAAUCCAGGUCUAUGAGAACAUCCAUUUGGCCCGUCUCAGCCCACCUGCCCCCAAGAUCAAAUGA